UCCAUGCGUUGCAAAGAUGGCUGUCAGUUUAUCGAAAGAACAGAAGAAAACAACAUAAAAUAUUUUGUCCCAACAUCUGCAGCCAGCAACGCAAGAGAUGGAGGACCGUCUCCUCUCUCUCGGACCCGGGGCCAGCGAGACGAGUGGUAUGGCCUGGCAGACUCCAGUCCCUCUGCCCGUCGCCAUUAAGGAGGAUUCGGAUGAAGGUGAUGAGGAGAUCGUCGUUGAUGGCAGAGACAAGCCACUGGGUGCCCUCAUUACUGAGGGUAUAGCUGCUGGCCCCUCCCAUGUAUCCCCACCGGCCAUCCCCGGACCAACUCCUGUCAACCAGAACUUCGUGGCUGAGCUGAAUGCCAGAGCAGAAGCAAUAGUGGAAAGGACAAUGGGUUUAACGGGUGGGGAGGACGACAUGUGGCACUCUGCGGAGGAGGACAUCGAUGUUGUAUCUGUUGACACCGCCGCCGCUGCUGCUGGUGUGCGAUCUGGGCCGACUACCAGAAGUGCUGCUGGGAAUUCUGGUCAGCCAAGAGAUGGACACAGUGGCUCUCUCAGUGAAAACUUCCGCAACUAUCUUGGCCAUUUGUCUAAUCUUACUGAAGACUCACACCAAGGACAAGUCUUCUACCCAGAAUCACAACCAGGUCUUGGUAUCUGCUCCUCGGACGAUGAAAACCAUGGCAACCAUGAGUCUUGGUUGAACCCGCAGCACAAGCACCGCUCGCAUCCUCCUCCUCCGACGUGCAUGAUGGGAGAAAACAGCCAGGAUCAUCCCGUCAUUAGGGACGUGCUCUUCAACUGUGAGUCCAUGGACGAUUCCGAGUCAGACGAUGUCUUUCAACCAUCCUCCUCCAGUGACAUGUUCGAGCCCACAAAUCCCUACUCUUUGUUUAAUCUUCCAAGACCCCAGGUACUUCGAUGCAUGAAGGAGAAGGAGAAUGGCAAGAAAGGUGAUAUGUGUAGAAACAGUUCCGGGGCUGCUAGAAGAAUUGGAUGUGAUUCGAGACAGCCCGAGUCAGCCAUGACGCAGAGCACGGCAAGCCACAAUGUGACAGAUGUGGACAGUAUCAGUGACGGUGAUUCGGACGUGGAUAUUGUGUCCCUGCCUUGUUCAGAGAAUGCCCAGAGGUCUCUCCCAGCUAAUGAUGAGUGCAGGAUAUCUAAAGUAACUCUGUCGGAUCAGACGAGAGACCAUGUGACUCUGUCAGAAGAUGGCGGUGUGGCAACGUCGGGUGUGUCACCUUCGCCUGUUAUUACCCAAAACAUCGACAUGGCAUCUGUUGGAGAGAGCCAUAGCUACCUCAGUAAUGGUCUGUCUCAGGACCAGCGGAAGAGAAAGUGUGUGUCAUUGAAGCGCGGUUGCCAGGAGAACAUGGCUGGCCACACCGGUGGAGACAGAUCGGGGGAGGCCACGGCCGUCGGGUAUGGACAAACACCUGCUCCUAAUAGUGCACUCUUCGUUGACCCUGACCCCACAGGAUUUCGUCGUUACCAUGGUGAUCGGCAGCAGAGGACAUCGCCGAUUAUUCCUGAUGUACAUCUGACGGACGGAUCAGAUGACAGUGAUGUGGAGGUUGUCAAGAUAGAGCCAAGACCAAGGAAGAGGCUUGAGUCGUCAGGAAGAGCCACAGUUGUUGUUGAUCUCACAGAAUCAGAUGAUGAGACCAGUGCUUCCCAGUCGUGUAAGGUGGUUGCCCAGGCCGGGCCCGAACCCAGUACAUCUAGUCAGCCUGGGACAUCCUCACAGGCGCUUCCCACGGCCACUCAACAGACACCAAGUGUUGCUGUCACCCAGCCGUCGCCCCACGCUCAAGUUCCCAGAUCGUUUGCUGCCGGCAGUCAUCACCAUUUCCACCCCCGCCCCCCACCCGCCCAUUCCCAGCAUGUCCACCACCCCCAGCCAGCACACACAUGCCGACUCCAUGACCACACACCCUGCCAGGACCACACCUACACAUGCAAUGGGCACCAGACAAUGCCAGAGUGCAGUGAGCGAGGAUCCUGUGGACUGCAUCACCAUGAACGUGGUCACUGCCGCCUCCACGCCAUGACCCCCCACAGCCACACCCACCAUGGCCACACCCAUUCCCCGCACCAAACUCACCGGGGCUUGCAUGGACCAUGUGUUGGAUCCUGCAACCACGUGAACCAUGUCCACCGCCCCACCCCCCAACCCCCCCGGGCCCAUAUACACCAUCACCACUACCAUCCAGCAGCCUUCGCAAUGCAACCUCACAACGUAGCCAUGCCAAUCGCUGCUGCACCUCACCCCCCACCCCACCACCACCCCCACCCUCACCCUCACCAACGCCUGCUCCACCACCACCAAGUGCCUGACCUCACCUGUGAACCUGGCCCUCCUGGCAUGGGAGUCUACAGCCACAGGGACAUGCCCAACCCCAACCACAUGCACCCUGCCCCACCCCCUCAUCAACCAAUGCCCGAGGGGAUGGGGAUGCACCCUUCAGGGGCGAGGAACUCUUGUGCUAUGAGUGUCAACACGGUGCCCCCUCACACAGAAGUAGUGGUACAGACAAACCAAAGUGGUGGCCACACAUCUGGUGCAGCUGGCCCGACGCCGCCCCAGCAUCAACACCUGCACCACCAUCUGCAUCACUACCACCUGAACCCAACAACACGAGGAGGGGCUGCCCACAACCCGUGCUGGCCCAUCAGGGUACCUUCAUUUCUUAUGCCUCCUAUGCCAGAAAUGCCACCUUUCCCCCCAUUUCCUGCAUUUCCACGGUUACCAAGAAAUAUGCAAAUGAGGCUCGGAGGUAUGGUGUACCAUGGACCUAUUGUUGAGUUCAACUUUGAUGGGCGUGGCGGAAAUGUUAAUUGUGGAGCGUCACCAGCAGUCAUUGAACAAAACACGCUGCCGCACAAAUACAGGAAGAUGAAGCGAUGCAGUGACAGCGACAACCCUGACGAGGAUGGCCCUGAGAAGUGCACCAUCUGCUUGUGUGAGUUUGAAGAAGGAGAAGAUGUCAGACGACUGCCGUGCAUGCAUCUAUUCCACAUUGAGUGUGUGGACCAGUGGUUGUCCACCAACAAGAAGUGCCCUAUCUGCCGUGUGGACAUUGAGGCAGGGUCCAAGGAUCAGAUAUCUCUAGAAUGACAAAACCUUCAACAGCACCAGCCUACUGUAACACAAUCAUGGUUCCUUAGUUAAUCAUGACUGUUUGAUUUUUGUCCAAGAGACAAGUUGACCUUGAAGCUUGUAUGUUCUGCAAGUAGCAACAGAAUAGGAUUUUCACACCAGCUGCGACAAUGCAACACCUUUUUCACUGCAUGUAACUACGUGGCUUGUGUGUCAUUUCGGGAAAUAUCUGUUUAUUUGUCUUGGAGAAUGGUAAAAUUGUUGAUAAUAUAUUUGCCUAGUGGCCAGAUUGUUAAGGAACCUAUGUUUGUCACACAGAGAAUUUGUCCUUUAAAUUUGAUGUGUGAUGGAAUUGUGCAAACAUUCAUUUUGGAAGGACUUAUUGCAGAUACGUUUACCCAUUUUAACCCUGUUACUGACGUCCUCAGUGCUGAGUGGAUAUUUAUUCUUUCUUACGUUUUGAGUUAUGUGGAGCUUGUGAAUGGAGGUAUAUUUUUUUGUUGUUGACAAUAUUGUGUUGAGUUUGGUUUUAGUUUGAUCGUUUGAGUGUCUUGCAAAUACCAGCCAGAUGUUGGUGGGCAGGUGGAGAGUGGCGUGAUUCUUGUCUCUAUGCAAGUCGUAGUUCAUUUGACAGAGAUUGUCAGACAAUCUGACCAAGUGUCCAACAAACACAGGUGUAUACAUGGUCAGGGUUGAAAAGGACUUAUCAGGAAGGACAAUUUUUUCUCUCCAAAACUCUUGAAGGAAAAUGUGGAAGGACAAAAAAUGAAGUGGUGUGACAUACACCACAGCCGGGAAGAAGCCUACUGCGGAUUUAAUUGUUGGUGUGUCCCGAACGUAGAUCUGCAGUGUCGGUCGUUUGGGCUCUUAACAGUUAGCAUUAUGACAUGAAACCUAUGAUCGUAGGUUCAAAUCCUGGUUCGCCCCAAUUUAUAUUUUGAGGUUUGUCAGCACCUCCCACAUUAAGCUGACAGGCCGCGAUAUAGCUGCAAUACUGUUCAAGGCAUGGUCAAGUGUGGUCCUGUGAGAAGCCCAUAUAAUGAACACAGCUUCUUUAUUGGUAUUAAGUGUCCAA